CUAAGGAGGGUGGGGCCGAGGUGUCUGGGAGCAGGAACUGCCUCAGGGCUCCCUAAAACAAGUGCCUCCCGCUCCUUCCUGGCCUCUGGUGCGCCCCCUCACGCCCCCUCACGCCCCCUCACGCCCCGUGGCUCCCAGAUCCAGUGUGGCCUUCUCAUGUUGAGUGUGAGAUCCAGUGAGGGCUUAGUGUGAGCCGGCCUGUGGGGCAUGCCCUCCCCUAGCCCCUCUCCUUGGGUGCCGUCCGUGGCCCGUCCCUGCUGCGUGGGGCAGUCUGCAGGAGCAGUGGGUUUUGCCCUGCCCUUGGGGAGGAAGCAGAGUGGGUACCCUGGGGGGAGUGUGUGGGGACUGGAUGGUGGCUGGGGCAGGGGAAGGGCACGCCCAGGGCUUGGAGCUGGCAGUGAGGAGCACACCUCCCCAGGUCGCUGUGGCUUCCUGCUCUGCCGGAUCCUGGGAGGGAGGAGCCUCUCAGAGCCUGUUGAUUCUGCCACCUGCCACAUUUUCACUGCUGAAGGAAGUGGAGAAGGAGGCUGUGGUGGCUGUGUGAGGAGCCUCCCCCCAGUUGUGGGAGCCCUGUGGCAGGCUGGGAUACGCCCCACAGGUCCCGUGGCCUGAGCACGCUGAUGCCCGUCCAGCCCGCGGAGCCCCUGCCAUGGAAUGACUCUAUGCACUCCCUGCGGAUCAGCGUGGGGGGCCUUCCUGUGCUGUUGUCCAUGACCAAGGCUGCAGACCCCCGCUUCCGCCCACGCUGGAGGGUGAUUCUGCCAUCUGUCCUGGUUGCUGCCAUCCUCUGGCUGCUCUACUCCCACCGGCCCAGCCCAGGCAGGCCCCCCGCCAGCAACGCGCACAACUGGAGGCUCGACCAGGCCCCCGUGUCCCGUUACAAUGACACCUACCCCUUGUCGGCCCCGCAGAGGACGCCGGACGGGACUCGGUACCGCAUUGCGGUCAUUGCCGACCUGGACACAGAGUCGAGGGCCCAGGAGGAGAACACGUGGUUCAGUUACCUGAGGAAGGGGUACCUGACCUUGUCGGACAGCGGGGACAAGGUUGCCGUGGAGUGGGACAAAGAGCACGGGGUGCUGGUGUCUCACCUGGCAGAGCGGGGCCGGGGCAUGGAGCUCUCGGAGCUGGUUGUCUUCAACGGGAAGCUCUACUCCGUGGACGACCGUACCGGGGUCAUCUACCACAUCAAUGGGACCAAGGCUGUGCCUUGGGUGAUCUUGGCGGACGGUGAUGGCACCGUGGAGAAAGGCUUCAAGGCUGAGUGGCUGGCUGUGAAGGACGAACACCUUUACGUGGGUGGGCUGGGCAAGGAGUGGACCACAACCACUGGGGAGGUGCUGAACGAGAACCCCGAGUGGGUGAAGGUUGUGGGCCCCAAGGGCAGUGUGGAGCACGAGAACUGGGCAGCCAGCUACAGCGCUCUCAGAGCCGCGGCCGGGAUCCGACCACCAGGCUACCUCCUCCACGAGUCGGCCUGCUGGAGUGACACGCUGCGCCGCUGGCUCUUCCUGCCGCGCCGGGCCAGCCAGGAGCGCUACAGCGAGAAGGCCGACGAACGCAAGGGCACCAACCUGCUGCUCAGCGCCGCCCCCGACUUCAGCGACGUGGCCGUGAGUCGCGUGGGGGACAUGAUCCCCACACACGGCUUCUCGUCCUUCAAGUUCAUCCCCAACACUGACGACCAGAUCAUCGUGGCGCUCAAGUCCGAGGAGGACAGCGGCAGAGUGGCCACCUACAUCAUGGCCUUCACGCUGGACGGGCGCCUCUUGCUGCCCGAGACCAAGAUCGGCAGCGUCAAGUAUGAAGGCAUAGAAUUCAUCUGAGGGGCACCAGGCCCUGGGUGCCCAGGUGGCUGGAGCGGCCGGGCUCGCUGGAAUCUAUAAACACGGACGACCCACUGCUGCUGUCUGGCUUCCUCCUGCGGCGUCUGCAGCCGGCCACCCCUCCUCCUUUCCUGCCAGCCCCCUGCCCUUUCCCCUCCCCUCUGGCCUUGGACCCCCAGCCUGCCCCCAAUGCCUGGAGAGGGAGACAUCUCCCCUGAAGGCCAGGCCUGGCCGCUGUGAGCACAGCUUGUGCCCGACAGAGAUGGCCCUUGUGGCCGAUGGAUGCACAGCACCGCUGUGCCAAGCAGCCUGCGGAGUGA